UCCGGUCAUGGUCCUGCAGGACUCAAAACAUAAAACUUUGUAUAGCCAACAUUCUGGUUGUCCACCUCGUACCAGUCCUUAGAGCAAAAAAUCGAAACAAUUCGUCAAUGACAAUUAGUAACACUUGUGUCCACCGUACUGUCGACAGUUUUCCCAUCAUCGCCUGUAAGUGUGUCGUCGUUCGCCAGUGAGAUUAAUGAGUACUUAACAACUUUUCAUCUGAGCACAUCAUCUCACACAUAGAAACACAGGCUCCACCGGAGAAGCUUGUUUAGUGUCCCUGAAGUGUGAUACCGAGAAAAAGAUAGUCACCACUGGACCGGGCCACACGUCCACCUCGGAGCAAAAAAUAAAAUAAUGUGACAGAGAGUCUCAUCGCCACUGACUGCUGCUGGGCAGCAGCGCUGCUCAGGGGGAGAUAAUGAAAGAAUAACAGUUUCCUUCCAACUCCCGGAGCUAGAUCCGAGGGAACCGACACAUUUUUUCUGCCCCAACUUGUGUCCAAGCAACGACGACGCGACGUGUUGACGGAGGAGCAAACAAAUUAAAUCUUCAGGCUACCGCUCUGUCGGGUGGUGGUGGUUCACUUGGCGGAUAUCGGUGAAGUAACGUGACAGUUUUCCUCUAUAAUUGCAGACGGUGAUGUUUUCAGGGGUCAGUCCCUUAGGGCUGGAAGGAUUGCGUGAGUUGUGUACGCAAACGUUUGAAAAACCUGUAGCAUGCAUAAUGUGCCGGUUACUCGUCAUAGGGACUCGUUUCGUUCCGCAAUCAUCGCGGAUACCCUCAUUUGUCCAUCUUAAUGUGAUUAGUGGCAAACCACCACCACCAGCCAGCCAGCCAGCUAGCGCGCGGACGGAGAGCGCACAUGAAAACUGUGAGUAAGACGUCGCCGUCGCCGUGCUGGAAUAUGGCAACGGCCUUGGGGAGCUGUGAACAAUCGGACGUGAAACAGUGCGCGCGAAAGAGUGUUGCAGGAGUGGAUUAAUUAGCAUCGCCGCGGCGUAGAAACGGUGUGACAGCCUGCGAUCUCCUGAAGAGUAGUUUCGAUGCAACCGGUCGGAUGCGGUGGAAGGUGCAGUACGGAUAGCGCUAUGGAUUUCAUAAAAAGUCUUUUGCCUCCGCUGAAAUUCCCAAAGUUCCGAAAAAUCAAACAAUGGAAUGGUGCCUCGAUUCUGAAUCUGAGCCAGCUGACGAGUCUGCCGUCGCGCACCAGGAACGUCGGAACGGUGGCCUCGGUGGCGACUCCGACGUCGUCGUUCUCACGUUCCGGCACGAGUUCCACCGUGGCGUCGAUUUCCAACGGGACGAAGGGGCACGCAAGAAGAAGAUCGGACAUUUCGAUUAUUUCGGCCACGGUACCGACCGUGACCGGGAACGGGAACUACGGUCUGUACGCGUUGAAGUGCGACCGGAAUGCGGCAAAGCGAGGGAUUUUGCUGAACCUGCCGAGGAAAAUUACGGCGGUGGUCGGUGGCGAGGGGUCACUUAGCGGAAGCUACCAGUCGGAGGAGAUGGUCCACGAGAAGUUCUCGCCGUGCAAGAGGGUUGUGGAACCGCCGCCGAGGAGGAAGAGAAUGAAGAAGAGGAUGCAGCAGCAGCAACGGCAGCAGGAGAAAAUGGAGAUCUAUUGUGGAGAUCGAUUGGUGGAAAGGAAUCGUAGCGAGCUGUAUAGGAUUGCAGAACGAGGAUCGAAUGAGAAAUUGGAUCAAGCGGAGAUAAGAAAGCCGACUAAAGAGGCAUUAUACAGUGCAAGAAAGACUCGGUCGGUGGAUAACAUACUGGCGUUGAAAAAGUAUUACCCGGGGGAGGGUGAGGAGAGCGAUAGCGAUGCAGAGCAGGUUCGUUCCUUGAAGGUAACGAGAAAACGGGAAUGGAGAGGGAACAAGGGGUUAAAAUACAGUGAAAGUAUGGAAAGUGAUUCGGAGGAAGUUGAAAAGAGGAAGAACCUUGUGCACGGUCGAUUGAAAAAGGCUAGCGAUUUCUCGAUUGAAAACAAUUCUGAUGAAAUUGAGGUUAGGUUCAAGCGGAAUGGCAGUACGGAGAGUGAAGAUGUGUCGAAGUCGGUGGCUCUUCCACUACCGAGCAGAGUCACAGUACUGCGACAGGAAGGAGUCAAGCCGGAGAUAAAGCCAAAGGUAGUGAUGCCAAAACUUUCGGAAAGUCCUCCGAAAAAAGUGGAGAAAUUUGUAAGCUCCAAGGAUUUUGCUGACAAUUUUAAACCGUUGGCCUCAGUGUUACAUGAUUCGAUUAAAAGCACCGAUCUAAAACGCAAAUGGAUUAAUGAUUUUCUCUCUGAAAGUGACGACGAACCCGUGAGACAUAAUCAAUCCGUGGUUUUGAAAAGUCAGCAUUCAGUAGAAUCACUGACGAAAAAGUUUGAAAUGGUCGACAGGUUUGAUCGACAACUUGCAGCCCUCGAAUCGGGCAAAAAACUGAUGUGCAAUGAAUCAGAUGACAGCAUCAAUAUUUUCAAAAAGACCAAUGCUGAUUUCGACGAGUUUGACAAACUGUUCAACGAAGGUAAAUCGUUGAGGGGGCUCGGUAGCGUCAAGAAGACCGUCACCGUCAGCGAGCAGAUUACCUACAUCGAUCAACACAAAACCAAUCAACUGCGCUACUCAUCAUCGUCGAUGGACUCGGACGUGAAGGAAAUACCGAUUCCUCCGCCCCUUCCACCGCCAGUGGCCACGAAGGUAACGGACGGAGCCACCCUACCGAAGAGUACCGUCAAGAUACAGGACUACUACGACAAGAAGCUUCAGCGCGUCCGGUACGUCUCGUCACCAUCGCCAUCGCGAUGCUACGACGAAGACUCGUCCACCGAGCGGACCGAAGCGGUCAACAAUAAUAUAGUGCUUCCUUUAAGUAUAAUCAAUCGUACUAUUGUAGACAACCGUAUUACUACUGAGCAAGUGCCAACAAGUGCAAAAGCAGUAGCCCAAGAAGAACCUAGCGCUAACGAGGCGAAUCAAAACAUCUACCCAGAAACCUAUAACCAAUCAGCUAAUAACGAUCAUAUCCCGUAUAAUCUAGAAGAUACCGACAACCCUAGUUAUGUCGGACAUAAUCAAGCAACUACCAAUAGUAGGGACAGUCUUAGUCAUAAUGUUUUUAUCGUGGGUGAAACUUUCAAGCGAAGCGAGAAGACCACCGGCGGAGAUCCGGUCAAGCGUUACGUCAACUACAAGUUCGAUGACUACUGUAAAAUCGAUCGGGGAGAAACGGUGCGGAGUCCACCAACGGUACCCAAGGGUCCAUCGAGAAUCUUCAACCUCAAUGACUUUCACGACAGUUGCUAUAAUGAGGAAGGGGUUGUCAUCAUAUGAAGGACUGCCGUUGGGAAUUCGAUUUCAUAUUUGGCUCCAGAACGAGUUGUUUGUGUAGGUAACUGUGGAGUGACACCUAGGGCGAGUGACCACGUUUUAAUAAAUAUAUUACUUAU